AUGGCUGAUGUUAUCAUCAGCGAGCUCGACGUUUGCCUUGACGAGGUGAAGUUCUACACCGACAGCAAGGUGGUACUCGGCUACAUAUACAACGAGUCCAGGAGGUUCUACGUAUACGUAAGCAAUAGGGUCGAAAGGAUCCGGAAGUCAUGUCAGCCCAAACAGUGGAAUUAUGUUCCCACUGAACAGAACCCUGCCGACAUUGCCACAAGGGCAGUAUCGGCUGAUCGCCUUGCAAAGACAACGGGGUUAACUGGCCCUAGCUUUUUGUACAAGACAGACGACUCGGGCUCAGAUUUCGAAUGUCAAACGUUUCGAUUGAUAGACCCUGAGGCAGACGAGGAGGUUCGUCCUGUGGUGACCACCCUUGCUACCAGCGUGUCGUCGCAGCAUCGGCUGGGUGCUCACAGAAUCGUGCGGUUUUCGAGAUGGACCAUUCUCAUUCGAACAAUAGCGAACCUUCUGCAUAUCGCUCGCUCAUUUCAUUCUCGGGGUGAUACUGCAUCGGUGUCCUGUCGACACUGGCACAUUUGCCUCGAGCCCCGGACUAAUGAAGAAAUUUCCGCUGCGAAGAAACUCGUCUACAGAACCGUCCAAGGCGAAAUGUUCUGGAGUGAGAUUCGAUGCAUCCAAAAUGAGCACAGACUACCAAGGGAUAGCCCACUUUGGAAGUUGAACCCCUAUAUGGACGAGGAUGGUGUCAUGAGAAUCGGAGGACGACUUCACAACUCGACACUUGACCAAGACGAACGGCACCCUGUCAUCAUGCCCCGUCGACAUCAUAUUACUACACUACUGGUCCGACGCCAUCACGAAAGGGUUGAGCAUCAAGGCCGCCAUUUCACUGAAGGUGCAGUCAGAGCGGCAGGAUUGUGGAUUGUGGGAGCAAAAAGCUGCAUCGGCUCGAUGAUUCACAAGUGCGUCAAAUGCCGCAAACUGAGGAGCAGACCUCAGAAGCAAAUCAUGGGUGAUUUGCCAAGAGACAGACUUAGCAUGGACCUACCGUUCACCUAUGUGGGCCUCGACAUGUUUGGACCACGGAAGGUUAAAGCGCGAAGAACUAGAGGUGGACUCGCACAUAGCAAAAGGUGGGCUGUGUUGUUUACUCGCCUGUCCGUACGUGCGAUACACAUUGAAGUCAUUGAGUCGAUGGAUUCUUCGAGCUUCAUCAACGCUCCCAGACGGUUCUUGUCUAUUAGAGGUUCGGUUAAACUGCUGCGGUCUGAUUGCGGAACCAAUUUCGUCGGUGCGUGCAAAGAGUUGAAGAUCAACACUGCGUCGCCUGGCCACAAUGAUGUUGGCAAAUAUCUGCAAACUCAAGAAUGCGCGUGGGUUUUCAAUUCCCCUCACGCCUCUCACAUGGGUGGUACUUGGGAGCGCAUGUUUGGGAUUGUUCGUCGCAUCGUGGACUCUGUGCUUCUAGGCACGAACAAGUCAGUGAUUUCACACGAUAUGCUUGUCACACUCUUUGCGGAGAUCGCAGCGAUCGUAAAUAGCAGACCUUUGACUCCGGUGUCAACAGAUCCGGAAAACCCAACGAUUUUGACUCCAAGUAUGAUUCUCACUCAGAAGACGGGUAGAAACCCUCCACCUCCUAGAGAAUUUGGGCAUGACAAUGUCUACCGACGGCACUGGAAACAAGUGCAGUCAAUGGCCAACACCUUUUGGGACCGCUGGAGGAAGGAAUAUCUUCCAACAUUGCAAUGGCCGUCGCAGGUGGCAAACAGCUCAACGAGACGUCCGAGAAGGUGA